AUGCUUAUCGAACAGUGUCACCAGGAUUUACCAACAUCUUUCGAUUCUGAAAUCAGAAUACAUAUCGUGAAGCCUACCGUUAAGGGCUAUCCAAAUGCUAAAUUCCCUGCUGUGUUAGUCUUCUCUGAAAUUUAUCAGGUUACUGGACCUGUUUUGAGAUUCGCUCAAACGAUUGCUGCAGAAGGUUACAUUGCCAUUUUACCAUCUUCAUACCAUAAUUUUGUAGAUUCUACACCCUUGGCGUAUGAUACUGAGGGUACUGAUCUAGGUAACAAAUUCAAGAUUGAAAAACCCUUAGAAUCGUAUGAUGAAGAUGUUACGUUGUGCCUUGAUGUACUAGAAAACCUACCACAAUGGAAUGGAAGAGUUGGUGCAACUGGCAUGUGCUUAGGUGGACAUUUGGCCUUCAGAGCUCAACUUGACUCCAGAAUCAAGGCUACAACAUGUUUCUUCCCCACUGAUAUUCACUCUCACUCUUUAGGUUUGGGCAAGAAUGACGAUUCAUUGGAAAAGGUUACAGCCAAUUGGAAAAAGGACCAGGAAUGUUUCUUGAUUUUUGGUACCAAAGAUACUCAUGUGCCAUGGGAAGGCAGAGAUCAAAUUAGAAAUGCAGUGAAGGAUAAGUCUGUCACAUUUUUAGAAAUCAACGGUGCUCAACAUGCAUUUAUCAGAGACGAAUUCAGCAAGGGGAGAUUCGAUUCCGCAGUGACAAAAGCAUGUUUGGGUUUUAUGUUUGAGUUAUUUGAUAGAAAGUUGAAGAGUGAACUAGGAGAGUUCGUUGACGACAAUGCGCCUGUCGAGCAUGUUUGUUAG